UCUGCGUCUUCCGGUUUUUGCCAGUUUUCAUUGCUCCCGCGCGUGUUGUGUUGGUCGCAUCUAAUUACACCGGUGCAAUUACACUUUUUCGACACCUAAUUAUUCGAGAGUAAUAGAUUUCCGGACGUAUCAGCUCCUGAUCAUGGGUAAAGCCAAGAAAGUCACCCAGCAGGGGAAUCCCCAGAAGAAUUCUGCCGUGGCCAUCAAAGAAGGUCAAGUGAAGAAGAACAAGGUGCAGAAGUUCAAGAAGACACCAUCAGGAAAGGUUCCCAUCAUCAGUAGCAAUGGAAAGGCAAAUGGAAACUCCAAACCACGAAAUGAAAAGCCCCUGGUGAAGGAGCAGUCAAAUCCUCCCCAGAAGAAGAGGAAGAAUAACAGCUCGAGUCAAAGUCCAUCUCCCCAGAAGGGUGGAUCACCCCAGAAGCAGCUCCAGAAGAAGAAGAAGGCAGAGCUGAAGAAGAAAGAGCAGUCCGAGGAGGAUUCUGACUCUGAUGAGGACAUAAAUGAGGGAAUCUCCAUCUCAGAGGAUGUAAGCAACAUCGAGGAUGACUCUGAUGAUGAUGACGAGGAGGUGGAGACUCCAAACAUCCUUGGAGAGAGUCUGGCCAAUUCCUCUGAUGAAGAUGAUGAGGACUUCGAAGGUAGUGACGAUGAGGAGGUGAAUAAGGGCGUGAAGAAGUUCAAGGGAAUUGCUGCGAAGAAAUCAGCUGAGGAGGACGAUGAGGACGACGAUGAUGACGAGGAGGAUGAUGAUGAGGACGAGGAUGAGGAAAAUGGGGAGAAAAGUGUCGCCUCGUCUCUUAAUUCCUCGCUCAAUUCGUCAGGAGUUAGCAAUGAUAGUGAUGAAGAUGAUGAGGAUGAUGAUGAUGAUGACGAAGAGGAUGAGGAAGAGGAAGAGGAUGGCCCUGGGUUGAAAGCUCUGCUUGGCGAGUCCCUGGUAGACCAAGAGGACGAUGAAGACUUCGAGGCUGAGGAAGACGAGGACGACGACGACGAGGACAUGAGUGAAGAUGAUGAUGAAGAGUCCCAGGACGAGAAAAACGCCAGCAACGACUCCUCUAGGUUCGUACCAACUGAGGGCAAUCCCAAGCUGAGUGCCGAGGCCAAGCUUGAGCAGGAUACAAGGACGAUUUUCGUGGGGAACGUUCCUAAGGAACUCGAGGAAAAACUCCUCAAGGCGACUUUCAGGAAAUUCGGGGAGAUCCAGAGCUUGAGGAUCAGGGGCUGCAUCGCAGAGGAUCCUAAGAUGAAGCUCAAGGUCGCUGCCAUAAAGAAGAAGUUGCAUCCUCUUUCCAAGGCCAUCUGCGUGUACAUCGUCUACAAGUCAAAGAACUCAGUGGAUCAGGCCCUAGGAUUCAACGGUCAAAAACUCGGUGGCAAUUACAUCAGAGUCGACAGAAUUGGUCAGGAACGUCAGGCUGACCCCAAGAAAUCCGUCUUCCUGGGGAAUGUACCCUGGGACAUCGAGGACAACGAGCUCUGGGAGCUCUUCUCCAAAUGCGGAAAAGUCGAUUACGUUCGAACAAUCAGAGAUCGUCACACCGGCUGCUGCAGGGGAAUAGGUUACGUGAAUUUUGCUGAUGCAGAUGCAGCAACUCUGGCCCUAGACCUCAGUGGAACGAAAAUCCGGAAACGAGAGGUCAGAGUGGCUCGUUACGACCCCAACAGGAAGAGCAGUCCCAAGGACAAGAAACGUCCGAACAAGGGAAAACCCCAGGGUUCACCCAAGAAGAUGAAGACUGAGGUGGAGAGGGCAACGGAGAACAGCUUGAAUGCCCAGAAGAGGAAGGCCAAGAAGCCCAAGGGUGCACCAGGGGGUGGAUUCCAGGGACAGAAAGCUGACAACAAAAAAGGCCAGAAGAAGACCAACAAAUUCGACAAGAAGAAGAAAAACAUCGCUGCCAAGCUCCUGGCACCCAAGAAGUUCAAGCCUUCUCAGUAGAUCAUUUUCUCCUCCUUAAUUAAUUAAGAUUGUUAGUUAAAUAUUGAAUUAUCCUGGCAGAGAAUUAUUUUAGAGGAAAAUGUUGCUGGAACUUUUUAGAGACUGUUCAAUUCCCUGGAGAAAGUCCUUACGACAUUUUCCCGAAUAACCUCUGGGUACACGGACAAUUCAAGGAUUUCACCACUUCUUCACUGAAUUAUGUUCAAUUAUUGUAACACUUGUUGACGGUAAAUGUAAAUAACUUUGUUUAUAUGAAUGAACUUCACAUUUAGAAAAAUCUGGACGUUGAAGAAACAGUGGAUAAUUGAGGAAAAUUCCUUGAAUCUAUCAGGACGAAUGAAUUAUCAAUUUUAAGAUUUAAUUUUACUCUGUAAUUGUUUCGGUAGAUUGUCAUUAUUGUUUGCGCAUUCUUUGCAAAAUCGUUUAGCGUAGAAAAUACUGCAGCUGAGACAGACAGAUUGUCCACAAAUGGAGCAGUCGCCUCCUAGAACGAGAACUUGUCCUUUAUUGGGUGGAGUGAAUGGAUCUUUCAUGAUGUAACACUCCUCGAGGUACACGAUAGCUCGUGAGAACGGGGGUUUUGUCCCCUUGUAGUCGAAUCGCUCCUCCAGGGAACACCGGAAACACUUGAAUUUCCCACCAGGUCCAUCGUCACGUUCUCCAAUUUUUUCUCCAGCGAUCUCUGUGGCAGCCCUGAACAGCGAAAAAGGGAAAAUACGAGUGAAGAGGUGACAGGAAACUGCAGGUGAUUUUAUUGAUACUUUCUAAUGAGUUGUAUUCACUAUUUUCAUAGUUUUGUUUAUCCAAUAAUUAAAUACAAUUUUCUACGUA